AUGCUACUUGAAAACACAAAAACUCCAACUGAGAAACACCUUGAAACUGGGAACUUGGAACGUGGUUACGGGAAGGUGUAUCUUAGGAAGUUGCCUGACGGCAGGGAUGUUAUUGUUAAAGUGAACUGCUGUAAAGGGAAAGUAGCGGUCACUUACCACGAGGCCGCCAUUCUAGCUUAUCUGAAUGGACGCGGUGGAGCACCCAAGCUCAUCAGUACGACUUUCCGCAAAGGCCUGCUGGUAAUGGAAUAUAUAAAGGGCAUAACACUCGAGAAGCUCAUUAAAUGUAACGAGAUGAAUGGCGCUCAGUGGCUGUCUGUCCUCUGUGCCAUUGCAAAACGUAUCCAAGAGAUUCACCAGGCCGGCAUCAUCCACAGUGAUUUCAAGGCCGAUAACUGCCUGAUCACGUUCGACGAAGAAGGUAACCCUGACGCUCACAUCAUAGACUUCGGCCUUUCGACGAAAAUCGGGCAAAGGUCGUCCUUAAGUUAG